CCAGUUUACGGGUAUUCUCGAUCGACUCGACGACACCCUGGCCUACGGUACGUGAAUUCAAAACGCGGGAUCGCGGGAUGUGGAUCGUGUUCCGUUAUAUCACUUUUGCCUGUGAAUUUAUUGUUUUCCUGAUAAUUUUAGAUAUUGUGGCUGUUCUAUAUUUCUUUGAAUUGUUCUGAACAACUAAACCUGGUUAAGUCCAUCAUGUUACGAGCAGGCCUCGGGAGCACUGCCACUGCCACCCCUGUCACAGAGAAGACUCUGAAACGAAAGACAGAGAAUCAGUUGGCUAACCGGGCUCUGCUAUGGUUUGCUAUCAACUUCAUCCUCGCUGUAUUCUUCUUCCUGGAAAUGACAUUCAGCUCCACGAUUGAUUUCUUUGAGCUGAGCCAUCCGUCUGUCUGGUAUGUCACCUGUGCCUUCACUGUACUCUUUACAUUCAAUUCAUUGGUGGAUCUGUGGCGCUAUGUCAUACCCACUCUUCAGGGAAUGCGGCAUCCCAUUGCCUUGUCACCGGUGGAGAAGAGUAUGCUUGGUGUCCAAGACAAUGCUGUUGGUUUCAAGCUUUCCCGCCAAAGGAUAGCAUCUGCUCCUGCCAACCUGUACAGCUCCCACCAAUCGCCAUCCUCAUCGUCCCCAUCGGUGAAACCUCCCAGUCACUACCUCUACUCCAACACAACCACCGGUAGCCCUGGGGCUAGUCCAUCCUUGAUGGGUGCAUAUGGAACCCCCAGACUCACGCCAAACAGUGCUUACAAGGGCCAGUACUCUCCAGGAGCUUCCCCUUCCUCACAGGGGAGCUUCAUCUCGAUGACUGGACAUUCUUUCAAUCAGACUCCAGGAAGCACUCCUCAUACUCCAGCUGUUUCUUCAUCAGUUCUGUUCAGAGAUACCAGUGGAAGUGGUGGAAGUCAUCUUCGACCCAGACACAAAUCAUCCCCAAUCAGGCACUCUCCUUUGAUGACGCCAGAUACAGUUAUUUCUGAUGAGGCUGCUUUAAGAAGCUACUUAUCUUCAUAUGAAGAAAAGGAAAAGAAAAACAUGCUUGGAAUGCCAGACCAAUCUCCAAACAGUAGCCCGUCCUUCUGGGCCUACAACCGGUCAGCUGCGGACUUCACCUACCUGCUGGGCAAGUAUCAGUACCAGCUAGCCAGUAGGUCUCCUCAGUCUCCGGCUACUGGACGGGGCAAGGAUGACCAGGACUAUCCCGCUACCUACGGAGCAGAAGAGGCCUGGGAGAAGCUAGAGGUGGACAGGGAGACCCUUGACCGGUGGAUUGCCAAUUUAAGACAGUGGCUGAGUCAGACUGUACUUGCACCUAUUGUCAAAGAGAUAGACAAUGUUAACAAGACACUCCAUAGGCUUGGACAUGGGGAUCUACAGAUAGGGGAUACGAGUAUAUCAGCUCUUCGUCAGGUUGCCAUUUUGAAGAGCCAGCAUGUACCUUCGCUCAACGUCCUGCUCUCAUACCUUGAUAUAUCAUCCAACCAGGAAUACAUUAUACAGAGAUACAGAGACCUUGCUCGAGGUGGUUACAUCUGUGAGUUCCGCUGGGAUCAGGGUGGAGAGUAUAAGGGCCGCAAGUGGCAGAAGGAUUUGCCUACCGACUGUGUGCUUGUACUCCAUGCUCUAUGCACCUAUCUGGAUUCCUGCCUUCCACCCCACCCUAAGCAUCCAGAUGGAAAAAUCUUUACUGACCAAUACUUCAUGAAGAUGCCUGACAAACCAGAUCUGAAGAAGGAAAAUUUGCUGCUCUUCCAAUCCAAGAUCAACCCACCUCACUACAAGGUUAUACUUGGUGAUGAUACAUGGGACCUACCAAAGGGAAGAAACAACUUAUUUCAGGCUAUCCUCUUAUUUCUGCAUCAUAUCAAAACCAAAGAGAAUGGAAUGUUGGGGAGGGUGAACCUUGGACUAUCAGGGGUCAACAUACUCUGGGUGAUUGACAGCUGAGAUGGACCAAUCAGAACUCAUGAAGGGCAAAAAGUAGGCGGAGCUUAACAGCAGGCUACCAAUUACCAAAGUUGAAAAAGUUAUGAAAGUUGAAAAAGUUAUGAAACUGGCUAGUUUAUUGAGACUGUUUCCAAAGGUUAAUUGAAGAAGGAUUUCAAGUGCUGAUGCAAUUACUUUAUUUGAUGGAGUCGUGAAUGAUAGGAAGAUGAUAAAGAAAUGAACACGAAUGUGAUGUGUGAAGAGAAGGAAAACUGAUAGAGAAAAAUUCACUCUGAUGAACCGAUGAAUGGUAACUUGUGACAAGAGUUCAGUUUUCGAGGAAUGUUGGAUGUGAAUCGACAUGUGGUCCAUAAGUAUUUUGUACCAUGCUCUAUCCUAAUGGGAUGAAGGCUAUCAAAUACCAUCUCCAUCGUCCCUUCCCUACACCCAACUGACCCAGUUCGACUGUACAGAAGUGUCUUGCAUCUUACAUAGUACUAUCCCUACCUAUAUUGUCACUGGGAUGUUUAAAAAAGGCUCUUGAAUCUCAAAAUUAAAAAAUGAUGAAUGCACCUCUGAAAAGGCUGUAUUUUAGAAAUGGCAAUGAUUAGCAACCUCAUAUUGCUUGAAAACAGUCUCUUAACGUCAAAAGGAUUCAAUGGAACGAAAUCCAUCAACUGACUUCCCUUCAAUGCAUGCAGCAACAAUAAUUUUCUCUGUCUCCUGUAUUUUCUUGGCAUUAUUCAUAUAAUACUGUAUAGUGUAGAGAAUGGGGCAAUUCAACCCUUGAUUUGCCUUAUGCAGGGACAGUGAUUUUUUUUUUUUUUAAUAGAAUGUCCUUUUUUCUGUUUUAUAAUGGUAGAUUCAUUGAUUUUUACAUAAGUAAAGAACCAAAACAGAUUGUCAGUUUUGAUUUACCGUUUAAACAGAAAAUCACUGUCCCUACUCAUGUGCAUGUUCACCUGAAUUCUAUUGUAGUAUUUAAGUGUUCUUGGGAACCUCCUGUCUUGUAACGUAAACUCUCUAUUGUGAAUUGGAAGGCUAGAAUGGGGAGAUAUGUUUGUAAUGGUGCACUUUCUUUUCUUGAGUUACCUGCACAAAUUCACGAAGGGUGACAAUUUAAUUUCUGUGAAAUCUUAAGUGACAGUGUUGGAAAUAAUUUGAACUUUUUAGGAGCAAUUCAUUUUAAUUAGGGCAAUUCCUGAAUUUUAGGGUCUAUUUUUUCAUUCUGUUUUGUGCAGCAGGCAGAUAUGCUGCCAAAACAUUUCUCAUUAUUCUGCUGUAUGUAGAAAAUUUAUUUUCUAAACUUUCUUGAAUAUUGUUGUGGUAGAUAUUGGGGCAACAUUCGAAAAGUUGGUCGCCCCAUAGCAUUCAAUUUGGGAAAUUUUAGGGGCGAUUAGGGCUGUCAGAGCAAAAUUGUCCAUCGCUCUCACAUAUUUCCUAUGCUGUCGAGCGGGCAGUUCACCAUUUAAACACAAUUGCAGAAAGCUUAUCCUGCAAAGGACCGUCAGAUAUCUAAUCUCUGGUAGUCAAACCUGCUGGCAUGUAUAGCAGCUCAUGCGAAAUGAAGACUCUUAUUCUAACGAUGCAGGCAUUAUAAAUGAUCAUUCAGAGCUAUUUAAGAUGGUGUAUCAUUUUAUUUUUGGUUUUCUUCAUAUACACCUUGUUCCUUGUGAUAAUAGCAGCGCUUUGUAUCCUCAGGCAAAAACCGCUAUACAAAGUCAGCAUUUAUUAUUAUUAUUAUUGCCACAAUGAAAUAGAAUUUGAAAAUCAAAUUGAAAUUAUUGAAUUUUCUAUGAACAGUUGUAUGUUGUGAAUUUUAAUUGAGUUUGAUGGUGGCUGUUGGUUACCAUCUUUUCAAUGAAUUGAUUUGAUUAUAUUUAUUCAUCUGCCUUGCUUUAUGUCAUGAAUUGAACACAAAUCUCUGCCUUGCAAUACUAAAAAAAAAUGGCAAGAGCACAAGUACUGUUCCUUUUACAUUUGUUUCAGGACAAUCCUAUGUGAGAAAAUGAUCAGUUCACUCUAUAUUUACAGUAAAAUAAUCAUGUCGACAGUCCUGGGGUCCGUUGCAGAUAGAGUUACAAUCAACUGCAGCUCAAAAAAUCAAAUGCAACUUGAUUUUAACCAAUGAAAUGCGCUCAUAAGGGACUUGCGAUUGAUUUUCGGAGUUGCCUUUAAUUGUAACUCUUUCUGCAACGGGCCCCUGUAACAUAAAGCGUAGCAAUUGAUCAUAGGGCUGACUUAUGAUUGAUUGCAUUCAUUAAUGUGUAAGAUCAAUCUUAAAAUUGAGCCCUAUAAUCAAUCACUAAGCUUUAGACCAAUAUCCUUGGAGUAAAAAAAUCUUAUACAAACGGAAAUCGCCCAAUGAAAGUUAGUAUUUGUAUGAUUCAUGUUUUGGGGGUUCUUUUUAUGAAGAUUUUUGUUUGUAGAAUGGGCUUGAUUUUGUGGUGAAUUUACCAUAGUAAAUAUAAUAAUGUCAUCAAUAGGAUAUUUACUAUGGUAAAUAUGACAAUGUCAUAUUUACCAUGGUAAAUAUAACAUUGUCAGCAAUUUCAGUAGAAUGAAUUAUGGGAUGGAAGAGUUCAAUAAUAGAACAGACAUUGUGAUAUUUACCAUGGUAAAACAGCUACACCAACUACUAACAACAUUUAGCCAUGGAAUUAUACUUCCCUUCUGGAAUUGUCCUUCAGUGUCUGAUGAAUUUUAUUGAACCUAUGUUAUCAAGUAUGAGCACGAAAUUGCAUAUAUAUGAAAUUGUACUUAUGAUGAUAUAAAAAUAAUAAAAUUACUAAAUGAAAUAUUUCAUAAUGGUUAUGAGGUCACAUUAUUACCAUCACCUUCUUUUUGCAGGUGCCUAAAGUUGGAUCUCUUGGGAAAAUAGAAAGAACCGGCAACUAGGAUGUUUUGCAAAAAUAUUUGCAAAUCAUUUGCAAAUUUUCAUUGCAAAAUCACAUUUGACAUAUCACUUGCAACUAAAGCAAAUUCAUGUUUACUGCUUGUUUUUUUGCAUGUUUCAAAAUAAUAACAAUACAUAGAAUUUGUAUAGCACACUUUCCAUCUUUUAAUUAGAUGUUUAAGGUGCUUCAUAGCAUAUUACAGAAGUUAAUGAAUUGGACAAGCAGUUAACUGCACAUUUGAAAUUAAUUGCAAGACAUGUUUGAUUUUAUUUUUACCCCAAAUGACUUGCAUUGAUUACAAGUUUCUUGCCAUGUCCAUUACAAGACGUAUUAAUGCUUGCUUUUCAUGAUCUGAAAACAUGUUUCCACUUAGCAGUUUAUUUUAGUUAUGUAAGGCUGACUAAAGUGUGGUUUACAAGGAACAUGUGAACUAUUUGUGAAGGAAUUAAACGUCAACAAAAUGACAAGUAAAAACAUCCAUGGUGCAGAAAAGCUUGCAAGAAUUUGUUUUAUUUUUUAUUUCUAGCCAACUAAAAUGCCAGUGGGUGAUUGGCAAACCUAUGCGCAUGUUGAUCAAACUUUUGCUGUAUAAAAUCCUCUGUUAGUCUUGGGCAUUCACUUCCUUUGCAAAUUGCAGAAAAAAUGCACUUAACUCAAGUAUCAAGUUUGGACCUGUUCUAUAUAGGUGCAUGGGCCUUGUUUCAUGAAUCUUCUUUUCAGUGGCAAGUUACUAACUACUGUUAUAAGCCACUGAAAUGGUGCUGUUUGAUUGGCUUAAAGCAAAUUUGUCACUGAAUUCAAGGAUUUGCUGUUUUAUGAAACCAGAUUCAAUAGUCGGUCUAUGAAUCUAGUGCAGAUUGGGAUUGUAAGCAAGAUGUGCCUUUGAUUUUUGUGCUUGCUUCUCAUUUUUAUGUGGUAUGUGUAUUGUUGUGUUUACUGUAAGAAAAUAAACCUGAUUAUAUGGUGAUAUUGUAAA